AUGACGAAAGCAAAGAAGAAAAAAGAGGCGACAGCGAGCAUGGAGGGCAGCGAUGAUUGGCUGUCCCAUUUGCCGGAAAACCUCAUCCACCACAUAAUGUCGUUUCUUUCCCGUGCAGAAACAGCCCGGCUCUCCACCUUCUCAAAACGACUGUCGUAUGCACGCCUCUCUUUCCCACACUUCGACUUCCAGUUCCAUUAUACCAACCCUCUCACCAAGCCCAAGUUUCACGAAUAUCAUUCUGAUGAGGACCACUUCUUGGAAUUCGUGCACAAUUUUCUCGAACGACAUCGUAAUUUGGAAACCAAUUUUGAGACGCUGAGUUUAAAGACAAGAAAAUCCCACAACUGGAUCGACAUUGCAUUGGAGAAUACGAAUAUUUUCCGUAUAUCAAAGAUGCAUCGUGGAUUGAAAAGCGUUGAGGUUACUAGUUCUGCUGAACUCAUUAGAACGAUUUCCAUUCAUUAUUGCUCUGGACUGGAGAGGAAUCACGUUGACAAAAAAGCGAGUUUUGAAUUGUUUUUCCGUGCUACAAACACUUAUGAGAUUGUCGAUAUUGAUCUGGCUUGUCGAAAGUCUCUUAAAGUCUUGAAACUGGAGAGAGUAAAGAUUACCGACGACUGGUUUCGGAACAACGUUUCUGAAUUUGAAUUCCUUGAGACUCUGAAGUUGUUUGCAUGCCAGGAACUGAAAAAUGUUCGAAUACGCAACGAAAAUCUCAAGUGUUUGGAGUUGGAAUCUUGCAAUGCGUUAAAGAAUAUUGACGUUAUGAUAUCAGGACUGGAAUCUUUUUCAUGUUGCAGUUAUAGAAACACUACUGAGAUUAUCAACAUCAAUAUAUCUCGCUUCUUGCAAGUCCCUUAA